AUGACUACUACUACUACUACUACUACUACUACUACUACUACUACUACUACUACUACUACUACUACUACUACUACUACUACUACUACUACUACUACUACUACUACUACUACUACUACUACUACUACUACUACUACUACUACUACUACUACUACUACUACUACUACUACUACUACUACUACUACUACUACUACUACUACUACUACUACUACUACUACUACUACUACUACUACUACUACUACUACUACUACUACUACUACUACUACUACUACUACUACUACUACUACUACUACUACUACUACUACUACUACUACUACUACUACUACUACUACUACUACUACUACUACUACUAUUUUGGCUCAUUUGAUAUUUAUUCGUUUUUUUUCAACUGUUGAUAGACUGAGACAGCUAAGACUGGCGCACAUUUCACUUUGA